GCUGCCCUGUUCAAAAAACGACACGCACACGACGUGCACAGACGACCACGACGGCCAGAAAUAAGCAAAUUAUUUAGCUAACAAUCGUCGAAAGGGACACUAAGGAUUACCCAGCCGACGAUUGUUGGUUAAAUUUUGCUGACGGCAGCGCGAAAACUCAAACUUUAAAUCAUAAAUAAAUAAAAAAUAUAUUUUAAAUAAUUUAUAAUCGAUAUAAAAAGUGAAAAAAUAACGAACAAGUGCAAAAUUGGAACCCAACUAAAACUGUGACAAAAUUUUGCAUUUAAACGAGCGCAUAUAUAGCGGAUAUAUAUGCAGAAUACGAGCAAAAGUGUUAAUUCUAAUUUUCCUUAAUUAUUCAUAAUUACGGAAAACUUGCAAGGAGAAUUUAUGACGUGGCUAACGUGUUGACCACGCUGGAAACUCGAGGAUAAUUUGUUGUUUUGAUUAUUAUGGGGCGGCUAACAAUUUGGUUCCUUCUGGGACUAACGUUAUUCGCCGUCUCCAAUCAUGUUGGGUUUGUUAAUGCCGAUGUCGGACCAAGCGAAUCAGAAUGUCGACCCUAUAUUGAAAAGGCCAUAAAUGAAUUGAAAACAGAUGGUGUCAGGGAUGGAUCUGGAGAGCUACAAUCCGAUCAGCCACGGGGGGACGACGACGACGACGAUGAUGAUGAUGGUGGGCUAUUCUCGAUUGAUGAAAAAGAUACGAUAGAAAUUGAAACUGUCGAAUUGGAUUCCACAGAGGACGCGAAAAGUGCCAACGACCUAGACGGCGAUGGCAUUCCCGAUGACGAGGACGAUGAUAUUGACGGAGAUGGCAUACCGAACGAAAAGGACGACGACAUCGAUGGCGAUGGCAUACCGAAUGAGGAUGAUGAUGACAUCGAUGGCGAUGGCAUACCCAAUGAAGAUGACGACGACAUCGAUGGCGAUGGUGUGCCCAACUCCAAGGACGAGGACAUCGAUGGCGAUGGUGUGCCAAACUCCAAGGACGAAGACAUCGAUGGCGACGGAAAGGCGAAUCACGAGGACGAUGAUCUAGAUGGCGAUGGCACCCCCAAUCAUGAGGAUGAUGAUCUGGAUGGCGAUGGUGUGCCCAAUACCGAAGAUGAUGAUCUCGACGGCGAUGGCACUGUCAAUCAUGAGGAUGAAGAUCUUGAUGGUGAUGGUGUGAAAAAUGAUGAAGAUGAGGAUCUCGAUGGUGAUGGCAAAGUAAAUCAUGAGGACGAAGAUCUGGAUGGAGAUGGUGUUAGGAACGAAAAGGACGACGACUUGGACGGCGAUGGAACCAACAAUUCUCAGGAUGAGGACCUUGAUGGCGAUGGUGUGCCAAAUGAAAAGGACGAAGAUCUGGACGGUGAUGGCAUCUUGAAUGAACACGAUGGGGAUGUCGAUGGCGAUGGUGUUCCCAACGAGCAUGAUCACAAGGACAGUGGCGAAAACGCCGAUGAUGACGACGAUGAUGAUGAUGAGGAUCAGAAGGAGGCAGUGAAGAAGCGCAGCAAGCGUGAAGUGGAUGCUGCUCCCGUUUUGGACAUCGAGGCUCCUCCAAGUCCCGCCGAAGAGUUCCCCGUAGAAGAGGAGAUCGUCAAGGAGGAAUCCGCCGAAGAAGAAGCUGAAAAGGAACAGGAACCGGAACCAGAGGCUGAAGUCGAGGUCGAGGCAGAAAAAGAACCCGAACCAGAGCCUGUCAAGGAAGAAAAAGAAGAGUCUGUAGAAGAGAAGGAAGAGGAACAGGCAGCUCCAGUGGAGGAGGCUAAAGAGGUUUCCACUGAGCAGGAAGCUGCUCCCCAGGAACCAGAGACUGUCCAGGAAGAUGCUGUGGAAUCUGAAGAAGCUCAGGAUGAGCCCCAGGCCGAUGCUGCCAAGGAAACCGCCGAUGAUGAUGACGAUGAUGACGAUACCAAACCGGAAGAUGAACUUCUCUGGGAAGGAGAAAUCCCACAAAACCGCCGUAGUCGUCAGCACAUCUCGGAGCUUCUCCAGUUGGACGAGGAGUUCAAUGCCCGGGAAAAAGCCACCGAUAAUGUGGCUGAAAUCAUCCUGCGUGAUAUCAAGCGCAUCUACGAGAAUGCCAUUAAACCCCUGGAGACUGUCUACAAAUACCGCGAACUGAGCAAUCGUCACUUUAGCGAUCCGGAGAUCUUCUCCAAGCCUCUGAUCUUGUUCAUGGGUCCCUGGUCCGGUGGCAAGUCGUCCAUCCUUAACUAUUUGACCGAUAAUGAAUACACACCGAAUUCGCUCAGGACGGGUGCUGAACCCUCUCCGGCCUACUUCAAUAUCUUGAUGUGGGGCAACGAGACGGAGGUUCUUGAUGGUACCCAGCUGGCGGCGGACUACACCUUCUCUGGACUGCAGAAGUUCGGCCAAGGAUUGGAGGAGCGUCUGCGAGGACUUAAAAUUAAGAGCAAGCUGCUCGAAAAGGUCAACAUCGUUGAGAUACCCGGCAUUCUAGAAGUGCGCAAGCAGGUAUCCCGCGUCUUCCCCUUCAACGACGCCUGCCAGUGGUUCAUCGAUCGGGCGGACAUCAUCUUUCUGGUGUACGACCCGGCCAAGUUGGAUGUGGGUCCCGAGACGGAGGCUAUUCUCGACCAGCUGAAGGGACGCGAGUACCAGACGCGCAUCAUCCUCAACAAGGCUGAUACCGUCAAGCCUGAGGAGCUGUUGCGCGUCCAGGGCGCUCUCAUCUGGAACAUCUCGCCCCUGAUGUCCUCCGCCCAGCCGCCGCUAAUGUACACCACCUCGCUGUGGACCAAUCCCUACCAGGAUGGUGCACCGGCCCGGCUGCUGCUUGCCCAGGAGCGUGCCUUCCUGCGUGAUCUGCGCACGGCGAUUGAUAAGAGGAUUGAGCACAAGAUUGCCAGCGCCCGACGAUUUGCGGUGCGUGUUCGCAAUCACGCCAAGAUGGUAGACUGUUACCUGAACACGUUCUACAACCAUAAGACGUUGUUCGGAAACAAGAAGCGCAUCGCCGACGACAUUAUCGAUCAUCCUCAGAACUAUCACAUCUAUGAGGGCCUCUCCACUUUGACGAAUAUUUCGCGCUACGAUCUGCCGGAUCCGGAGGUCUAUCGCGACUUCUUCCGCCUGAACCCCCUGUACGAGUUCAAGAAACUGACAGAAACCUGCACUUACUUCCGCGGCUGUCCGAUCACCAAACUGGACGUGGCCAUUGCCUACGAGCUGCCCGAGUUGGCCGGAAAGUACAAGAAGAUGUCCGAGUCGGCCCUGGCUAGCAUCGAAGCCCAGCAGGAUCAGGCACAGAACGAGCAGCGGAGCUCCAACCAGGCUGAUCCGAAAAAGACGAGUUGAGGUCCUGGCUCCUAAAAAGGAGUAAACCUGCCAUUUAGUUUGUUUUAGUGAGAGAUAGAGAGAAUGUGACAUCGGCACCGGUAACCGUCUAUAGGGAAUUAAUAUCGAGGAAGACUAGAGAAAUGGAGAAAGAAGGUUAGAGAGAGGGGUAGCACUUACAGGGCCAAGGAGAAAGCGAAUCCUUGUUAAAGUAACCCCAAAAUACAUCUGUAGAGAACAACAGCGGAAGACAAAACACAGAAAAUGUUUGUUUGAACAAAGAAUAAAAAGGAGCUAGAGAGAGAGUGAGCGGGCGAUUUUAUUUCAACCGCGUUGCAGGAGAUCUUACUUAAUUUUGAUUUCUUUUUAAAUACUUAACCGAACUGAGAGCUUUUUGAGAGGGAAACUAAACAAAUAUCGAGAGCAAACACACAAUCACACACAGAAUACACCUGUAUUAUCUUCGUUAAUCGAGUAGAGAGGGAACAGUGAGUCCUUUAGAUAGGAGUAAAUCAACAAUUAACCCAUAACUGAGAGCAAAUAACUUAUAGACGAUCAAUCGACGAAUUCUAACCCACAUAAUCCGACCCCUCAUUGGCCAACAUCCUCUUAUAAUUUCCCAGUAUCGGUUUUUUUCUAUUCUUUCCUCAACUAGUAGUAGUCGACAACAGCGCCGAAUUUUGAGUUUGAGAUCUGAGAUAUACAUAAAUAUAUGAGAAGUGAGAUUUGAGCAAAUGAAAUAUUGAAGUUUUGGUUUUUGUUUUUUGGUUUUUGACCCUGACGAUGCCGUAGUUGAUAAGACUUUUUUUGAUAAAAGCAAACAGUGAAGACGAUAAUAAAAAUGUAACUUAUUUGAUCAUUAAUAACAUAGACACAUGAAUGAUAAAAAGAACUUGUUGACGAGCGUGAGCAACGCGUAUACACAUAAAUAAAUCAUAAUCAAUUUUACACAUUGAAAACCUACGUAAAAAUGAACUGUGAGAGCGGGUGAAAUACACAACUAAAUAAAAACAAAGAAAACCCCAA